CUCGACUGAUGAAAUUUCAAUUCAUUCGACAUAAAAUUGUACAGCAAGAUCGCAGCGAAGUAAUUUUCACAAGGCAAGACUCGACUCGUGCGUAGUUUACAAGUGAAUUUAAUUGAAAAGUUUUCUCUUAGGAUUUUAUCAGACAAGAUUAAUAACGAAUCAGUGUAAAAGCGCUUAAAUUGAAGUGUGACAAAAGUGUUAAACAGUUUUGCGAAACGAUUUCGCAUCGGACUUUGUAAGCAAUUUGAUGACUUUAUUCGAUUUGGACGAAUUCUUAGACAUGCCACCCGUUAAGCGAGGAAGGCGAGGAGUCAGUGGUGACGAGGAUGAUGAGGAGUACAGGAGAAAGAGGGAGAGAAAUAAUGAGGCUGUCAAGAAAAGCAGGGUGAAGUCAAAGCAGCAGACACAGGACACAUUCUCAAGAGUGAAACGUCUUAAGGAAGAGAACCAACAACUCGAAGACACAACCAAACGGCUGACUAAGGAAUUAGAGUUAUUGAAGGAGCUCUUUAUUGCCACCGCUGCUAACAAAUCUAACCCCAAGUUUGAAGGAAUGGAUCUUGAGAAAUUGUUGGAAGAUACACCUGAAGUUAAGUAUUAGUUUUGGUAUGAUGUGUAUUGUAAUAUACUUUAUGAAAAAGUGUUAGUUUUCUUUAAUUUAAAAAAAAAACAAAUUGUCACCGGCAAUUAAAUUGUAUGUAUU